AGAACAUUGUGUGACGUGAUCCUCAUGGUCCAGGAAAGAAAGAUUCCUGCUCACCGUGUUGUCCUUGCUGCAGCCAGUCACUUUUUUAACUUAAUGUUCACAACCAACAUGCUUGAAUCUAAGUCCUUUGAAGUAGAACUCAAAGAUGCUGAGCCUGAUAUUAUUGAGCAACUGGUGGAAUUUGCUUAUACUGCUAGAAUUUCUGUGAAUAGCAACAAUGUCCAGUCAUUGUUAGAUGCAGCAAAUCAGUACCAGAUUGAACCUGUGAAGAAAAUGUGUGUUGAUUUUUUGAAGGAACAGGUGGACGCAUCAAAUUGUCUUGGUAUAAGUGUGCUUGCAGAGUGUCUGGACUGUCCUGAACUGAAAGCAACAGCAGAUGACUUUAUUCACCAGCAUUUUACCAAAGUUUACAAAACUGAUGAAUUUCUACAACUUGAUGUCAAACAAGUAACCCAGCUUCUUAGCCAGGACACUCUGACUGUGAGAGCAGAGGACCAGGUUUAUGACGCUGCAGUGAGGUGGUUAAAAUACGAUGAGCCUAAUCGCCAGCCAUUUAUGGUUGAUAUCCUUGCUAAAGUCAGAUUUCCUCUUAUAUCGAAGAAUUUCCUAAGUAAAACAGUACAAGCUGAACCACUUAUUCAAGACAAUCCGGAAUGCCUUAAAAUGGUGAUAAGUGGAAUGAGGUACCAUCUACUGUCUCCUGAAGAUCGAGAAGAACUUGCAGGUGGCACAAGGCCUAGAAGAAAGAAACACGAUUACCGCAUAGCUCUGUUUGGAGGCUCCCAACCACAGUCCUGUAGAUAUUUUAACCCAAAGAUGUGCACUGUGAUCAUAUUGGGACAUUGCUGAAGCCAUAUAAAAGAAGCAUCAGUUGCUCCAGAAACACCGGGUGACCUGAGCUGCUGGGCUGUACUACCAUAACUUGUUCACUUAUUAGAAGAGGGUUUUCUGCUCUGGAGUUUAAAAGGAACAGCCAGAUCUAUCCUGCCUGAUAUGUAGGAGGAGCUGGGGCAUUAAUCUGUCCUGCGUAUUCCAGCAUUCUAUAGACCAGGGGGUUGGUGGACUUAUGUAAAACGACCAGAGAAAAUAUUGUCAUCUUUGCAUAUUCUCAAUUAUGUUGUUUUAGAAGAUAAAUAGCCAUAAACUGUAUAUAAAUAAGUAGGCAUAGUUUUAUCCAUAAAAUGUUAUUUACAAAAACAAAUGAUGGACUAGAUUUGGCCUUUGGGCCGUUGUUUUCCAACCUCUGCUCUAAGACCCAUGGAGACAGUGGACAAGUAGGGCCAUUACAAUAACCAACACUGUAUUCUUACCUAACUCAUCUUCUGUUUUCACUAAGACAUUGAGGAUUCUUUACUGUCUUGUUCUCCAGAACUGCUCAUCAUUGUGGGCAUCAACAACACUGCCUGUGACCACCUUUGUAAAGAUGAGCUAGUCCAGAUUCCCUAAAGUUUAUAUUAUGGUGUGGAGUUAAGAGUCAAGAGAAUCUGGAGGUCAAGUCAUGACAUCGUUUUUGGCAGUUGACAAGAAAUUCCCUCUAGUAGGUAGAUAGCCUUAGUCAGCAUUUAGCUAUAUGCCAGAUUUACAGCUUAUAUCAAUCUGGUCCGGUUAAGACCAUACCUGGCCCUGCUUCAGUGAUAGCUGGAGUUACCAUUAUUGCUGGUUCCUCUUCUAUUUUGUAGUGAAACUCUCCAACAGCUUCUUCUGAGGACAUUUAAUGCCAUAACCCAAAAAGUAAUGAUAUGCUUACAGAUACCAAAAAUACCUCCCCAAGAAAAGGAUCACAUUCACUAUCAUAUUUAGCCCCUGUUGGAGUGUUGUCACCCAGAAAUAACCGCUGAACCAUCCCUCCAACCUCAAAAUACAGGUUUACAUAUGGUUUCUUUCACAUUAGAAAACAGAUGGCUAUUAUGAGAAUCAUGGCCUGUAUAGUACAAGCCAAUAAACACAAUUUUCUUAGUGUGUUUAAAAGACUAGUCACACAUACAUACCCAUUUCAUACCAGCCCGUUGAAAUUUAAGUAAUAAUUUGUUUUUUUAAAUUUUCAGGAUCCUUUUGAGUGAAGAAAGGAAAGCAUAAACUGAAAUCCUAGCAGUUUAAAUUAUACUUUUUACAAACUACAGCUUUCUGGUGGUAAUCAUAGUUCACUCUUAAAACCUAGCUGUGAUGUUUAUUUAGGCAGAAAAAAAAAAAAAAUAGGCCAGGUGGUGGUGGCACAAGUCUUUAAUCCCAGCACUUGGGAGGCAGAGGCAGGCAAAGCUCAGUGACUUCAAGACCAUUCUGGUCUACAAAGCAAGUUCCAGGACAGCCAAGACUUACACAGAAAAACUCUGUCUUGGAAAAUCAUCAUGAUCAUCAUCAAACCAAAUUCUGGCAGAAAACAGACAAACAAAUAAAGGGAUAUUUUGGUGUAUAUGAUGGGCCAGAAGAAUCAUUUGGGAGACAAGGAGGACCAUUGCUAGAAUAAGACAAAUGGGAUAGCUGACACUUUUAGCCCAUAAAUCUAACACUUUCCUUGAUGGUGUUUUUUUAUUGGACAGUUAGAAAAAGAUGGAUAUUCUGCACAGCCCUGGUACUGAGACUGUAACUUCAGAAUUCUCACUUGAUGCUUUGCUUUGUUCUUUAAAAUGACCCAUUCUUAAUUGCCUUCUUUUGUACUCAUCCACAAAUUUUUAGACUUCUAGUGUUGAGAAUUCAAAUAGGAAGAAUUACCUAGUUAUUUAAAAAUUGUCAUUCCAUCUGUUAUUUCUUAUUCCCUGAAGCUAAGCACUAUUAGAAUCUAUUUAUAGUAUUAUUUACAGUUUUUUUGUUUUGUUUUGUUUUUUCGAAGAGCUAGCUCCUGUCUUUUCUGUUGUAAAACCUCAUCUUGAAAAACUGGUCUCUGAGUUCGAGGCCAGCCUGGUCUACAGAGUGAGUUCCAGGACAGGUUCCAAAGCUCUAGAGAAACCCAGUCUCGAAAAUAAAAGAACAAUUAUCAAGUAUUGUCCAGGAAAGGGAAAGGCUAAUAUCAUAAAUAAAAAUGGAACUGCAACCAACAAGGACAACAUCAAGCAAGAAAAACAUACUAAAUGUCGAGACCAUGGGUUAAUUGGCAGAUUACAGAGAUUACUCCAAUAGCUGUCGUGUUGUCUAAGUCUUGUACCUAACAUGCCACAGCUGAUCGAGAGGAUAGUAAUUGCGACUAUCUAGUCUUCAACCCCAUCAAAGACCUUAGAAGGAAAAUAAUAUUACCUGGAUAAGCAGGAAGUACAAGCAAAGGACUUCCAAAAGAUGCAAGAAAAGACAGAUACAGCUAGCUGCCUGGACAGUCACCCAAAGUCUUUCUGCAACGUUGGGGCAACCAGUAUUGGCUAUAUGCUUAGAAUAUCUGAGAGACCAUUUUCAGAAGCAGGAAAAUUCAAAAGACUGUCCUACCCUGUCUUGGCAAGGUUCAGCAGUCACUUUUCCUUGUAUUUUGCUUGUCCUGAUGGGACAGCGUGCUUUCUGUCAGCAGUGGAGGCCAGGGCAGUUCUUUGCCCAAUAGGCAGGUUUGUCACGAAGAAAAUAAAGUCCAUGUGGAGUGUC